AGAGAUCAGAUCGCGAUGCAGAUGUGCGGCGCGGCGGGGCGUCGCUCAUUGGGCUCCAUUGCAGAUGUGAGCGGGUCGCCUUUGGUCGCGAGGACGCAGCAGUGAUCUCAUGGGUGAGGCUCAGUCGAGGUCAGCGAUGCUCCACCAUCAGGACCAACCUCUGAACUCCUCCUACGGAGGCAAAGGAGGCUCCAGCAAUGGCUCGUCCUCCUCGCUGCGGAACAGGAAAUGUGACAAAGACGGUAACUUCAACUUCCUGCCGGGCAAAGACGACGAGGGCACUGGAGGAGGAGGAGGAGGAGGAGGAGGAGGGGACGAGAACCGUAACCCGGUACGUCCCCGCUACCUGGGCCCACUGGGACGCGACCCUCCGAACUCCAAGUCGCCCUCCGGUUAUCACCACUACUGGGGUCCUUUCGCGCGCUCCCGCCGGCCCUGCUGGAGCCGCCUGGAGCCCCUGCCGGAAAUCGAGAGCGGAGAUGACGGUUACGGCCGAGUGCCUCCCGACGGAGCCGAGGAAGGCCGGAUGCAGGAGGAGGAGAGGAGGGGGAUGAAGAGCCACGCCGAGGAGAGGCGGCGAGGGGACAUGGGGAUGCAGGGGAGGAAAGACAGCCGGGGAAGUGAAGAGGAGGAAGAAGCGCCGCCGCUGGAGGACGGAGACGAAUGGGGCGACAGCGACUCCGAGUCCGACUUCAGCAACCGCUCUGGAGGCAGCAUGUCCUCGCUCAACAUGGACAGCGGGGGCGAAGGGACGCUCAUGGGAGGCUGGGACCGCAUCGGGGUCGGGGAACCCAAAUCCAGCCCCCAGGAGUGCGACCCGACCAAAAACGGCAACCGAGAACCGCCUGGUAGACACAGAAGCUUCAGCCGCAAGUCGCUGACGGGGAGCAAGCUGGGGAACGUCCUGGAGGAAGGAGCCCAGGAGGAAGGCGGCGGGCGGUCUUCAGACUCCGACAGCGAGAUGCCCGAGAUGAUGGACGCCGUGUGGACGCUGCGGGACCGCGAGCGCUUCAAGGCCCAGGAGAUGGAGAAGCACCAGGUGCAGCUGACCAUGUACCGCCGCCUGGCGCUGAUCCGCUGGGUCCGCACCCUGCAGGUCCGCAUCCAGGAGCAGCAGAACCGCCUGCAGUCCAGCUUCGACGUCAUCCUCACGCAGAGGAAGGAGCUGCUGCGCAUGGGCGCCGCCGCCGGCGGCGUGGCCAACGCCGCGCCCCCCACCGCCGUCAGCUCGUAAAGGGGAAGCAACGGGGGAUCAUCUAAAGCAGGAAGUGGUUGAAAACCAGGGGAGGGGAGGGGGGUGGGAGGAGCAGUUCGCCUCCAUCCUGAAGGAACUUUGCCUGAUUAAAAAAAAAGAAGAAAAAAAGCUGCUUUGACGGACGUCUUUAAACUAAACACUCAUGUUGCUGAUUGUAAUGCUUCUUUUUUUUACCGGUGUCCCAUCCGGAGCACCGAUACUUAAAUAUAUCGGCACCCAAACCGGAACACUGUAAUGUUUUUAUCAAGAAUAGUCCUGUUGUUGUUUGUCUUGAUCUUUGUGUGCAAAACUGUCCCCCAAAAAGAGCUUUGUGUACAUGUAACUGUGAGAGAGAUACUGAGAUCAUGUUGUAUAUAGAGAGAUGAUAAGAUAAUAAGUCAAUUGAAAGAAUAAAGUUAUAUCACGUAUCCAA